AUGCCACCAAAAUUCGAUCCAUCAGAAAUCAAAAUUGCAAAAGCGACGCAGGAUUGGAAGGGUCUAAAAGUGACAUGCAAAUUGACGAUCCAGAAUCGUGUUGCCAAAAUCGACGUGGUACCCAGUGCCGCAUCGCUGCUCAUCAAAGAGCUCAAGGAGCCAUCGCGUGAUCGGAAGAAGGUCAAGAACGUGAGACACAACGGCGAUUUGACGGUUGAGCAAAUAAUCAACAUUGCCCGACAGAUGCGGCCACGCUCAAUGGCAAAAAAGUUGGAAGGAACUGUCAAGGAAAUAUUAGGAACGGCUCAAUCGGUUGGUUGCACAGUGAAUGGUCAACAUCCGCAUGAUAUUGUGGAUGCGAUACGCAGCGGGGAUAUUGUUGUUCCGGAUGAGUGA